UAUAUCUAUAUAUACCGAUAACGACAGCACAAAAUCAAAAUACCUUUGUACGAUAACGAGCCUAAAGUGGUGAAACAUGAGCUGGCCAUACUACAAAACGCUUGUGAAAAAUGAGCUGGUCACACUACAAAAAAGCUUUAAAUGUAAGGAUGACAGACUAGCUUAUUUCAAGAUAGAUUUAAAGCUCUGCUACAAUAUUGGUAAAGGGACAUCUCUAAUUUGCACCUCCUGCAGUAAAAUUAUUUUAUUUUAUAAUUAAGUAAGAAUAGAAAUACAUAAGCUAUGGAGCGGCCCCAAAAGAUGGCCAAGGUGAACAACAUGGCUCCAGCGGAGGUGCAGAUAACGGUAAAGCAGCUGCUCCGUGAGGCCAAGGAACGGGACUUGGAGAUUCAGGCCCAACAGCAGCAGCAGCAGCAAGUGACCGCCCAGAAAAAGCAGGCGGCGGCGCAGGCUCAGCAGCAACAGAAGGAACAGCAGCAGCAGCAGCAGCAGCAAGUGGUUCAAUCCUAGGCGCA